CCUCCUUCUCCUUUCCUCCUCCUCCUCCUCGGCGCCGGGGUGGGCUCGCCCGCGGCAGCCGGGGUGUGGUGUCCUGCCGUGCCGUCCCCCGUGUGCGAUGGACUGGCAGGUGCUGACCAGGGAGCUCUCCCUCUACCUGGAGAGCCAGGUCCGCGUGGGCUUCUUCGGCUCCGGCGUGGGCUUGUCCCUGGUGCUGGGUUUCGGCGUCGCCUACGCCUGCUACUACCUCAACAGCAUCGCCAAGAAACCCCAGCUGGUGGCAAGCAAUGACCGUUUCUGCCGCUUUCUCGAGGAAUAUUGCCCUGUUGUGACAGAAACUUACUAUCCCACAAUUUGGUGCUGGGAAGGUCGGGUACAGACACUCCUGCGCCCCUUUAUCACAUCUAGGCCCCAAGUACAGUACAGGAAUGAGCUCAUUAAAACAGCAGAUGGAGGACAGAUUUCGUUGGAUUGGUUUGAUAAUAAUGACAGCUCAUAUUAUCCGGAUGCCAACACAAGACCCACUGUCCUGUUAUUGCCUGGCCUGACAGGAACAAGCAAGGAGUCCUACAUUCUUCAUAUGAUCCAUCAGAGUGAAACACUGGGAUAUAGAUGCGUGGUUUUUAACAAUCGGGGAAUUGCUGGCGAGGAGCUUUUGACACCAAGGACUUACUGUGCUGCUAACACAGAGGAUUUAGAGGCUGUUAUUCAUCAUGUGCACAGCUUGCACCCCUCAGCUCCAUUCAUGGCAGCAGGUGUUUCUAUGGGAGGCAUGCUUCUUUUAAAUUACCUGGGCAAAACUGGCAGAGACACUCCUUUAAUGGCAGCUGCAAUUUUCUCUGCGGGUUGGAAUGUUUUUGAAUCUGUAGAAUCUCUGGAGAAGCCUCUAAACUGGCUUCUUUUCAACUAUUACUUGACCACUUGUCUACAAUCCUCUAUCAGCAGGCAUCGACAAAUGUUGGAGAAAUUAUUUGAUAUGGAUCUUGUGAUGAAGGCUAGAACUGUUAGAGAAUUUGAUAAGCAGUUCACUUCAGUCAUGUUUGGCUACCGUUCAAUUGAUGAUUACUAUGAAGAUGCUAGCCCAUGUCGCAAGCUGAAGUCAGUAGGAAUUCCAGUGUUAUGUCUAAACUCUGUGGAUGAUGUUUUCUCCCCAGCUCAUGCUAUACCAGUAGAAACUGCCAAACAAAAUGCAAACGUUGCUCUGGUUCUGACUUCGUGCGGAGGCCAUAUCGGUUUUCUGGAAGGAAUAUGGCCAAGGAAGUGCACUUACAUGGACAGAGUCUUCAAGCAGUUUGUGCAAGCUGUGUUUGAACAUGGAAAUAAAAUCUUUAGCAUGUAGCUUUGGACCACUAUUAUAGCACAGUGGCACAUUCUGACAAGGGCAGUUAAGCUUAGUGCACAAAUUUUAACUCCUGUAAGCCAGCAAUGGAUAAAGUCUAUUACUACAUGCAAAAAUAUUUUUGCCUAAGAUUUUGUAGCAAGAAACUAAAUAUUAUGUUGUCUCUUUUAUAUUUAUUUUUAAUAUGCCUUACUAAGAAUGACCUUAAAUGAAACAGUGUUCUGCAUACAUCAAAUUGCACUUAACCAAAACUAUCAAGUAGAGAGAUUAUAAUUCCUCAGGAUUUUAAUUUAAACCAGUAUGUAUUUAGGAGACUUUAUUUAGAUGGCGUUCACUACUAGAAUGGUGACACUCAAAAUAGCUUAUAUUAUCCUGUCACAUAUAGUACCCAUUCCUUAGAGCACUGAUGGUGAAAAUCUUAAAGUAUGAAAACAAAAGGAGGGAUCAAAUAAAAGUACUGAUUCUUCAAGUAAGUUGAAAUCUCAGCAUGUUAUUCCACAGCAUUAGAUUGAUACCUGCUUUUGCUGUUCUGCCCUGAGAGUACUCAGAUUUAGGGCUGUUCAUUAUUUUUUUUAAACUAUGUCAAUGCCAUAUUUGUCUUACAUGGUUAUUUUUUAAAGAGCUAAUUUAUAGUGUUUACAUAUAACCAAAAGAUUCCUUUAAAACAGUACUGUAAUAACUUAUGUAAUUAAAAGACAUUUUGCAUUUCAGAGUUUAUGUAAAGCUGGGUGUUGUCACAUAAGUAACACAUACUUCAUAGAACUGGUAAACUUGGUGAUUGAACCUGCUAUGUUUAUAUUACCUUGCAAGAACAUUUCAGUUUUAAAGAAUAAAUACUAGAGCAUCAGGAAAAUAUUAUAUAAUCUGCUUUAAAUUAAAAAAGGAAGACAAAUUCAAACCUUUUGUCUCUGCUAUUGUUUCAUGUCAUUUCUUAAGAGAAUGGAAACUGUUUAAAGAAAGUUGGGAUGGAGGUCAGAGUUGUGCCUCUGGUUUGUUUAUUUGAUCAUUUGUCACCAUUUUGGCAGUAGGGUGUCAAAUACUGAAGGCACUGCAGACCAACUUCUGCCCUAGUGGUUUAGAAGAUGUGAGGGUGGCCGAGGCAUCACUGGUCUCCUGAGCCCUGACAGUGACAGCCAGCGUGGGCCUUUGAGGAGAAAGGACAGUUGGAGAGAAUAUAUUUUGAAACUGUUGGGAAGCCCUAAUUUAGGGCACACUGAAAUUUAAAACAGGCCCUUAAGCAGUAUCUAUGGAGCUCCCAUCUUUUGCUGAUCACUGAUUUGGGCCCAGCCACAUACAAGAAGUCAGGAAAGAUGCCUCUGCAUUUUUAUUUUUAUCUUUUGAGCAGGAUCAGUACAAGAAGAAAAUGCAGCUAAAAAAAAGCAAGUCAGGUCUUUUGUCUCAAGCAGUACGUGAACACUCCUCUUGCAAGGCAUGUUUCCUAGUAACAGCAAAGGAAGAACAAAAAUACUUUUUGUCUUUAGAAAAAGAAAUUGGGACAUGCUAUACGAGAGCUGUUUUGUAAGGUAGAUGGUUGAAUUAAGAAAAUUAGAAAGUGCUUUCAAGUUAUGACUUCAAACAGGCGCUUGCCCAAAUAACAAACUCUUAUUUUUUUCCUAAUAAGAAAAAUGAGGAAAGUGACUUGUAAAAGCAAAAUGAAAUUUUGUGCAUGCUACUACAACACAGAAAAUAGCAUAUUAGUAGGGUGCCUUAUUUAUUCUUGUAUUCAUUUCCAGGUUUUAUGUUCAUGCAAAAACAAUGAGCAAUAAACAGUGUAUUUAGUGUUAUAUUUGUAAAAGUGUUUAGGUACGGCUGUUCAAAAUUCAGCAUCAAGUAUUAAUAAAAAUAAAACCACUUACAUUAAAUUGCACCUUACUGUUUAAAUAAAAAUAAUAUGAUUAAUGCCAGAAUUUCUGUCUCUCUGCACUGUCUUAAUUCAGGUCCAAUCCCUAUACAGAUCUCCAAGAGACAUUUAUCUUUAAAGCUACAUCAAGCACAAAUUUGUAAAGCUGGUGUUCCCCACCCCCCCGCAAAUGUACAAUGUCCUUAUACCCCGUCAGGGAAAAGCACAGUGUGCAAGGUGGUAACAAUCCAAUUUUAAUAUGGUAUCUU